AUGCCUGUAUAUUCUAUAUCACAUGUUGAGAAUGUCAGAGUAUGCGUAGUCAUGGUUGGAUUACCUGCUCGUGGUAAAUCAUUAAUUUCACAAAAAAUUGUUCGAUAUUUAUCAUGGUUAUCAAUAAAGUCAAAAUGUUUUAAUGUAGGUAAUUAUAGAAGAGAAAUAGCAAAAGAUGCAACCAUAAAUGCUGAUUUUUUUGAUCCAAAUAAUAAAGAAGGACUAGCGUAUAGGAGACAAGCUAUUGAUUCGGCUAUUACGGAUAUGAUGACUUGGUUUGUUGAAGAAAAUGGUGUGGUUGGAAUAUUAGAUGCUACUAAUUCUACAAGAGAAAGAAGAGAUAUGAUAUUGAAAAUUUGUCGAGAAAAUCAUAUUGAACCAAUGUUUAUUGAAAGUUGGUGUGAUGAUAAAGAUUUGAUCUUACAAAAUAUUCUUGACGUCAAAACAACUUCUCCUGAUUAUAUAAAACGACCAAAUGAAUUUGCAACUUCUGAUUUUUUGAAAAGAAUAGAGUUGUAUGAAUCAGUUUAUGAAACAUUAGAUCUGACGAUUGAUUCAAAUAAGACAUUUGUAAAAUUGGUGAAUGUUAAUUCUCAAAUUAUUUUAAAUAGGAUUGAAACCUACUUAGAGUCAAGAAUAGUUUAUUACGUUAUGAAUUUACAUAUAAAACCAAGAAGUAUAUGGUUGUCAAGACAUGGAGAGUCAGAGUUUAAUCUUACUGGACAAAUAGGUGGAGAUGCGAAUUUAUCAGAUAGAGGUUGGAGAUACGCAAAAAAAUUACCAGAAUUAGUUCUAAAGUCAUUAGGUGAAGAGAAUAAGCAUACAAAUUUAACAGUGUGGACGUCAACUUUAAAAAGAACUCAACAAACAGCUUCUUUCUUGCCUUACAAAAAAUUACAAUGGAAAGCCUUGGACGAAUUAGAUGCAGGAGAGUGUGAUGGGAUGACGUAUGAAGAGAUUGAAGUUGCAUUUCCUGAAGAUUUUAAAGCAAGAGAUGAUAACAAAUAUGAGUAUAGAUAUCGGGGAGGUGAAUCAUACCGUGAUAUAGUUGUUAGGUUAGAGCCUAUCAUUAUGGAGUUGGAAAGACAAGAAAACAUAUUGAUUAUCACUCAUCAAGCUGUGUUGCGUUGUCUUUAUGCAUAUUUCAUGAAUGUUCCACAAGAAGAAAGUCCUUGGAUGUCUAUACCUUUACACACUUUAAUCAAAUUGGAGCCAAGAGCUUAUUCAACUUUAGUGAGUAGGAUUAAAGCUGAUAUACCAGCUGUAAGUACUUAUAAAGAAAAAGGUACGUCUCAAUUAGGUGAAGCUAAAACAGGAGAACAGAUAUUUAAAAGUAGAGAUCUAAUUAAUAGUAGUGAUGUAGUGUAA